AUGAUCAACAAUAGAAAAAGAGUAUCUCUUAACAGGAGAUCGUCCUCACUGUCACUGGAUUACAAUGCCAUAUUGAGACAGGACAUCCAAGGCCAAGAGCAGCAGUUACAAGAGCCAAAUGAUUAUACCCGUCAAUUGGUUGCAAGUGCCUUAUCUCUGCCUAGCUCGGUACAGAUUGAAACACGAGUGUCAACACAGUUGCCUCCAUCACCUCCAUCCUCUAUCUCUUCCCCACAACAGAAACAUGGCGCAGAUAAGAUUGAUUUACCGCAAUUUCGCCUCAAAUCAUCCCUGAAGAAUCCGAAGUCUGCGUCCGCACCUUGCUCCCCUACCAUAGGCUUGAAAUCAGUACGCUUUCACACAACAAAUCUUGAAGAUAUUUGCUUAUUCAGAAAGGCACAGACACCUCUCGCCAUCAGUCAAAAGAGCAUCUUUUGGGCAAAUGAUGAUGAAGAUGAUAGUGACAGCACUAGCAGCAGCAGCGGCUCUUCCGAUGAGGAAGAACAGCCCAUCAAAAAGUCAAUCAAAUGCUCAAACUGGCCAACCCGCCUAUCGGAUAUCAUUGAUAGGAAAAACAAGAUCAUAAGAGUUGAUAAAAACACAAUGCGAUUGCAAGAUGAUGAUUUCAUUGUUGGCAAAGUAUCUGUCCGUAAUUUAAACUAUCACAAGACAGUGAUGAUUCGAUACACAUUUGAUUACUGGGAAUCUGUGGAUAACAUUCAAGCAACCUACCAAGAAAGCUCUCAAAAGAAUGAUAUCUUUGCGUUCAAAAUUCACGUGCCAGCAAAUGCCGCUACCCUGUAUUUCGCUAUCAAUUACAAAGUGGGCUCUGAAGACUAUUGGGAUAACAACGAUGGCAGAAAUUAUCAAGUGGAUAUCUCGCUCAGCAAGCCAAACAACACCAACAAGAAAUCAUCAAAAUCACAAGUGAAAUCUACAUCAGAUCUUCCACAGCCAACAUCAUUAGCCGCAUCACAAGACACACUCAAAUCUAGAUACGAUUUUAGUCAAGCCAAAAAUAUUAUACCACAAACAUCAGCAACACAAGCACAAGCACAAACACAGACACAGACAUCAUCAUCAUCAUCAUCAUCAUCCGCAUCUCAACCUAGUCCCACCAUCAAACAAACAUUCGCUAUGCCAAUUCCAAUCAGAAGAACCGUAUCCUCAUCUCCUACUGGCUUAUCUUGUCAUUCUCCUUUAGCCUCAUCUCCCUCGUUCAUGGAUCUAAACUCUCAAUCUUACAUGGAAUUGGUCAACAAGUAUUGCUUUUAUUCAACUAGUCCUAGCAGGUCACCCAUGUCAAUUAACGGUUAA